CAUGAGAAACCCCAGUGGAAGCAGAGCACACACAGCCAGAAAUCCCUCCCGAUGGGUCAUCCUCACCCGCGUCGUUUGGACUCUCAGACCGGAUUGUAGCUGCGUGCUUGCAGGGGGCGCUUUGAAGACGUCAUCAGGAGAGUUUUUCUCCUCCUCUCUUUGACACACAUAGAAAGAAUCGCGAAAGACUUCAGCGAUGUCAGCCGUGUUUACUUCACGUCUAAGUUGCUGAUACUUCAUCCUCCUUUCUUGCAUCUGAUUGUUGACGCUCUUAAAAAUAUGCAAAGGAGAUACACGAUGAAAUUGGUUUUAAUAGCAGCCUUACUUGGACUGACUGGAGGUAUGGCCUCUGAGCGCAGUUGUCCUUCGGGCAAGAAUAUGACCAGUGGAGAAUGCUGCAAGCAGUGUCCGCCCGGCGAAGGCGUCGUCACGCCAUGUGGAGCGAGACAGACAGAGUGCGCUCCGUGUCUUGACAGUGAAACCUUCUCAGAAAACUUCAGCCACACGGAGAAAUGUCAGCUUUGUACAAAAUGUACAGGCCUGCUCCGCAUGGAGACGCCCUGCACCGACUCCAAUGAUGCCAUUUGCACAUGCAACUAUGGCUACUACCUAAACAGAAUCACACAAAGGUGUGAAGCCUGCACCAAAUGUCCCGAAGGCCAGGGCAUGUUGUACAGCUGUGAGUCGGACCAUGACACGGUGUGUGAGGAGUGCACCGACGACACCUUCUCGGACCAGGAUAGUUACAGGGACCCCUGCAUCCCCUGCACAACUUGUGAUGAGGAAGACGAGGUGUUGCAGGACUGCACCCCUGUCAGUGAUACUGUUUGCCAAACAAACUACCCACCACUGUCGUCUACACCUUAUACGGGUUCCUUAGGGCCCUCCGAUGAUUACGUUACCCUAGACGACCUUCCACCAGAGAUGCCCAAUGACAGCAGCACCACCACCACCACCACCAAUGGAGACUCCCAAGAAAGGCUCUACAAAGGAUUUAAUGAUAAACUUAUCCCCAUCUACUGCUCAAUUCUGGCUGCUGUCGUGGGUCUUGUAGCCUUCAUCAUCUUUAAGAUGUGGAACAGCUGUAAGCAGAACAAGCAAGGAGCCAACAACUGCACGACCAACCCAAACCAGACUCCAUCACCGGAGGGGGAGAAGCUCCACAGCGACAGUGGCAUUUCUGUGGACAGCCAAAGUCUGCAAGAGCAGCAGGGCCAGACUCAGUCACAAACUGUUGUGACCAUUGAUGAAGAACCUUGUCUGCUCCUUCCUCUCCACACUCGAGAGAAAGUGGAGAAGCUGCUUUUCCGGGGUGGUGAAGGAGACACCCGCGACCACAUGCAGGACAGCGACUGGUGCAACCUGGCGGGCCUCCUUGGAUAUGAGGAGGAGCGGAUUGCAACCUUCCAGCAGGAAGAACAUCCCGUCCGAGCGCUUCUAUCCGACUGGGCAAAGAAGGACUGUGCAAGCAUCGACGCGUUGUGCACGGCACUUCGCAAAAUCAACCGCGAAGAUGUUGCUCAAAGUCUUGUGCUCAGCCCUAGCGGUACAAAACCGACUGCUACUUCUGUGGUGUAAUUUGUCUGCAUACCUUUCAGCAAAAACUUAACACCUUGAACCUCGAUGUUCAAAUAUUCCAAAUACAAUGCCUUAAAUUAUUCCACGUAAUUUCUGCUACAGCUGCUUGACACUAUACCUUCAUGAUGAAACAGUCAGAGAGACAAUCCCAGAAUUCGCUCAAAUUACAUUUAUCAAAAGGAAGAUGUAAUAAAUUAUGCAUAACCUUAAGAAUAAUACCAAAAAGUCAAUGUUAGCUAUUCCAAAUCCACCAGUUAAUUGCAAGAAUUUGUUUAUUUUAGUUCAUUAAUAGAAUUUUUACCACAUGGAAUAUGAAAGCUAUGUGAAAGGUGCAUUUUAUUUUAAAUCAUGGUCACUCCUUUGACUAAACAAGCUGUGGAGCAGCUGUGUGCUUUAAACAGAAGCUUCUGUGGAUGACUUUCUCUUAAUUUCUUUCAACUUGAGCCUGUCCCUUUAUCCCUAAACCUCUGUUUCUGUGGCCCUUGCAUUCAUUACGUUGAGUUGUUCUUCUACAUGAAUGUUACCAAAGAGGCAGAAGUGUUUUCAGACCUGACCUGUUUUGUGACAUUAUUUACAUGCCAUGUCAGUCUUUUACUACCGCCUCUGUUUCUACUGCUAGAUGAGGUCGUCAUUCUUUGAAGUGUCUGGAUCUGUGCAAAUCUGACACCCUAAGGAGGUGCCAAUGGACUCAUUUGAAAUGAACCUGUUCUCUCCCUUCCUUAUUAAUGACAGAUAAAAGCACAAAGCAGCAGUGCAUGUUGAUAUUAUGUCAACUUCAAUUUAUAUAUUUCUGCAGACUCUUGUUUUUUUCCCAUCGAGUGCUAUAAAUAGUGGUAGCUGCAACCUGUUGAUAUGUAGGCCCAGGUUAUUAACCAAUUAAACAUGACUUCAGUAUCACAGUUUCUCAUCCUUACCCUGAAAAUGAUAGAAACCCUGUAAAAAUCCUACAUACUAUAUUUACAUGGCAAACAAGUAGACGUAUGUACGCAUAGAUUUAGUUGACAUAAAUACACACCUACAGUCUGUAUUUCUGCAUGCAUGUACUCUGCUGAACAAACAAACAAUGAUAGUGUUUGCCUGUAUAUUUGUGUUCAAAGUUAAUGAGAGAACAGGAAAACAUAUUCUGCCACAUAUGACACAGCACACUCAUGAGGGGACCAUAUACUGUUUAUUGUCAAUAUAUUGAGGCAAAUUGAUUUAACUCUGUGUUUAACAAUGCCCAAAAUCUUCAUGAUUGCUUUUGUUGGUAACAUACUGUUUUUGCAGGAAAAUAGCAUAUAUCGUGAUUGCACAAACUCCGAUUAAAGAUUUCACAUAAACAACUACAAUAUAUUUUAAUCCCAGCUGGACUUUCUGUAGGGUUGCCUUAAUUUGCUCCAAAAUGGAUUAGUUUGGUUAAGAAAGCAAACUUGUUUUUCUGACAUGUCACCUAUACAAACAAAACCUUCUCCUUUUUUAUUACACAUAGCUGACUCAACACAUACAGCUGCUGUCUACAAUACACUCACAUCCUGCUCCAGCUGAUAAUGUCUCCAUACGACACAGUUAGGUGCAGAGUGAGGCUAACGUUAGCAUGUUUUCUCUAUUUUGGUAUGUCCUGUAUGAUUCGGUAGUAACUUAAUUCACUUCGUCUUCUGCAGACAAAACUUACAGAAAAAGUAGUUCUUGCACUUCAUAAAUGUCAGUCUCUCUUUCACUGUAAAUCUCAUUGAAAACUAUCAAAAAAAUUUACAUUAUUAGAGAAAAUCCUAUAAACCCUGAAAUAGUCAAACAGCUACAACACAAAAAACUAGAAUCAUCAAACUUUAUGUAGUUAAAAUUCUCAGGGAAGUUUACAGUCAAAUCUGAAACGCUCAAAAAUUGAAUAAACGCGGUCUGGCAUGACAAAAGAUGCCAUUAUUCCUGCGGCUGACAAUCCUUUAAACUGAUGAAAUAGACACAGAAAACUGGUCAGCAGAAAAGAAAAAGGAAGGAGGAAAGAGGAGUUCAGUUUCCUCUUUGUUUGGCACAAUGAAGGCUGCAAAAAAGACAAGCCAGCUGAGACAAAAGGCACAGGAUGUGUGAGAGAAACGGGGAAGUUUCAGAUUACUUCAAUCAAUGCAAAGAUGAAACCCAGGUAUAUAUGUUAAUCAGGUUGUUCAGGAGUAAGCAUGCUGAUCUUUUGAUUUUUUUACAUUGUGAUAUGUUGCAGCCUCUUGAUUUGAAUUUGGGAAAACAUGUUCAUAUUGUUCAUCUCAUGUUAUAUCUUAUGUUUUUAUAUUGUGAGUUUUAUUACGGCCAACUCGGACCUACGCUUUUUGUUCACUGUCUCUAGAAGACACAAAUGAUAGGGCUAACUCACCCAACUCUCCAAUCUGAGCUAAUACACCGAAGCACAGAUUACGAUUAUUCACUAGUACACUGAGCAUAAUGCUGGUGUAUUACUUUAUAUGAAGGUAUUCUUACUACUGCUAGUACUCUGAAGGUUGUUUGAUUCCCAACAAGCAGCUUUAAAUGGUAUUACAUUUCAUUUAUUGACUGUAGCACUUAAAUGUGUAUUCAUUUAUGUCUUUUAUGCAUCACAAGUGCCUGGGAACUAUUUCAGGUGUAUGUUGGUGUUGUACAUUUAUUGAUUUUAGGAAUUUAUAAGUUUAGUUAUUUUUUUUUUUUACUUGUAAAUAAUUUUUCCUUAUUCUUUAUUUUAGUUUAGUUAAAACCAUGGAGGCACCACUGCAUAGUGUAUACUUUAAGAGGGCUUACUCUCUUACUGUCAGUGUUGCGAUGUUUAAUGUAAACAAAUAAUAAAAAGAAUGGGGCUUCAUUUCUAAUUAUCAACGAUCAGGUGUUUUAAAGGUUAGAUGAAUGAACAAGAUGAAAAUGAAAGUUAGUUUUAGAUGUAAAUAAAUCAAAAAGUCUCAAAGUUAUCAGGUGUUUUAGCAAAUACAUGUAGAAUUGCUUUACCAUAUGUAUAAAUACACAAGGAAGAGAAAUCCAACCAAUCCAAAGAGCAGCAUGUUGCUCUUUGGAAAUGAAGCGAAACCAUUUCUGUACUAGCCCAUUAGUGUCAUAUAGUUAAUUUCAUUUAAUUGUGGUUAAGUUAUGAGUGCAGAUGCACACACAUCUUCUGAACUCUUAAAUCUGCAAUUACAUGUUUGUCAAUGCAACUGUAGGGAGGCACAGAUGUGAACUCUUUAUGCUAAUUAGACUAGCUGAAAGCUAGUUUGCUAAUUUAUUCAGUUAAAAUUCCAAAUCUAAAAGUUUGCCUUCUUAUUCUUCAAAUUAAAAGCAUUCUGUAUCUCAUUUGCAAUUCUAAUAGUUGCAUGCUAAUAUUCAUACAUAUACUCUAUCAUUAGCUAUAUCUUACAACUUCCUUCAUUAAUCAACAUAUGAUAGAGUAGCAAAAAUAGUUACAAAACGUUCCCAGACCAGAUAAUCUGAAACAUUUGCACCGGCAAAGACUUUUAUUGUUUAUCCUCAAAGUUUAAGCCCCAGGUGAGCUACAGUAUCACACAAAAAAUACACACAUUGUUCUGCUAGGAGGAAUAUGUGUUUUAGUUCUUGAUGCUUAUAAAGUCUAAGGGAUUUAUCAAACUAUGAGGCCUCAUCCUGACCCUUGAUUAUCUGUGCUUUCUACAUGUAAUUUGGUUUAUUUAUAUGAGUUAAAUUAUGUCCAACAAUAUAAAUGAUUAUUUUUUUAUUUUUAUGACUAAGACGCUGAAAACAUUUGAAGGUAAAUGUGAUGAUAUUGCAGUUGAGACACAAGUUACAGCCUAAUUAUGCAAAAAGGGAGUAAUAAAUAAAGGUUGGAGUGACAGAGUAAGGGUGAAAAAACAUGUUUGGGGUGUCCAUUUGGGUAAAAAACCCUGAUCUCUUAGUAAACAGUAAUGGGACUUAUGAGGACUGAAUUGUACAGAAACGGUGAAUGUUCCAUGUAAACUUAUACAUAAACUGUCUAACACUGAAUGUGAAUUUGCUUGAAGUCCUAUAAUAGACAAGCAGUAAAUAAAGCUCUUUAAUUCA